AUGAACUUCUUUCGGGCACUUUCCCUGCUGCUCAUUUUCUUGGCGAAAGAAAGCAAGUCCAGCCAAGGUUCCUCCCAUGAUGGUGAAUAUCCAAUUUUCAUUAGCAACAUACUGAUAAACAACGUCUCUUUUACUUUUCAUAGAGAUCGAUAUGAUUACGAAUUAGAAGCGAGUGAACACCUGACCGAAAUUAUCCUAAGUCCACUAUUAAACAUUUGGGAAAAUUACAUAUAUAAAAAGACCUCCCCAGAAGACGAACUCAUUUUUAAUGGAAACCCAUCUGGAUACUUAGACAAUGAAGAAAAUGUCGUUCUGGAUGAUUUGUACCUAGAAACUUAUCACAUUUAUGUUAACAAGAAAAAGGUGUAUUUGACUGAUUUACCUUACAGGAUCCACUUCUCAAAUGAGGGACAAAAGGAACUAGCCAUUUGUUAUGAAAGUCAAAAGGCGUAUAAAAUUAAAAUAAAAAAUAAUAACGCUAAUAACAAUUUCUACCUAAGCGAUGUCACUCUAAUUAGUCAGCCAUCCUCUACAAGUUUAUUACUUGACAGAGAAUUCAAAAGUUACAUUUAUUUUUAUAGUACCAAAGUUGCUAGCAAUGUUGAAGGGCUAAACAUUCAGGCGAGCUGCCAUAACAGCCAAAUGUACAUAAACAAUAAUUUGCUUAAAAAGGACGCCUUUUUUUUUCCAUUGAAUAAGGACACUUAUAACAACAUUUUGGUGAUCGAGUGUAGGCAGCAGAGGCUACACGAAAAAGAACAACCCCUCCGAAAAAAUAAAAAUACCAUUUCGGAAAAUUUUAUCAAACGGAAAUUUCAGGAAGGCGUCCUGCAUAGCAGACAGAAGGGAGAAAAACAAAUUAGCUUCUUAGACCAAGUGAAGGGAAACUACCGCAAGCUGGUUGGUCAUACAAGUUCGCUCAAAGAAGACGAUAAAAGUAUAUCUACUUAUCAAUCCAACUGGCGCAAAAGGGUAACGACCCUUUUGGGUGAAUCAAAUUAUAACCCCCUUGAAAAAAAAAACCAUAUGAUUAAAAAAAUUUUCAGAAAAUUUUACUUCUUUAACAUCUAUUAUCAUGUACAUAUAGAUGUACCAAAUUAUAUAUACAACCUCACGGAUGGAAAUGUGUGCCCUUUUGAUCCAAGAGGGAGCGUGGGAACCACUGGGGAAUACCUCUGCAAUAACUUCCACAAAAACAUCUCCUUCUACGCAGAUGUGAGUAACAAAUUAUUUGCCUUCAUAACGGUAGACAGAAAAAAAGGGACACACAGAUUUAUUAACAAAGUUUUAAAUACACCUAUACAAUACUCAGAAAAUGUUUAUCUCUUUCUAGAAACGUAUUACGAUAAGAAGGUCGUAAAAAUUAGGUUUAAAAAGGGGACCUCCUUCUUUUCCUUCCUAAUGCUGAUAGUCCUAACCCUGGUGGCUAUUUUCGCAUGUAUUUUGGCCCUCUUUUGCCGCAAAAUUAGUUACUGUGCAAAGGGAAGGAAAUACGCUGGCUGA